AUGUCGUAUCCAACGCUGCCGAACCUCCCUCCGGCGACACCGCAAAAAGCAGUACCUGGUGCUUACCUGCAGACUCCUGCUGUCGCCCGCCAUGAAAGUCUCUUCAAGUCCCCAUUGCAGCAGACAUCCCCUCAGACACCAAUGACACCGAUGCCCAAGUUGCCUCCGACAACGACUACAAAGACCUUGAGCGCCGAGGAACGUGGAGCGCACACCAUCAGCCAGACACUGGCUCUUGAAGCGCAAUACCCAGACCUCGAUAGCUAUCUGUCUCAAGGAGUUUCCUCCGAAUAUGACAUCCCAACGGCCUCAUCGUGGGCGCCCUUCCAAAAAGUCAAAAUGUACAAUAUUCCCGACCAGAUCUUCGAUCAGUACAAUCGCGCACAAGUUUCGACAAGCAUGGGUCUAUUCGCUGAGUUAAACCACGCGUGGGUGGCCAUUGACAACGCGCUAUAUCUCUGGGAUUUCACACACCCUAACCCUCAAUUGGUUGGGUUCGAGGAGCAGCCCAACAGCAUCAACGCUGUUAAGUUGGUGAAGCCGCGCGCGGGUGUGUUUUUGCCCGCCAUCACGCACAUGUUGGUAGUCUCGACCACAGCCGAAGUCAUCUUGCUAGGCAUGAGCUGUGAGACAACCCCAACCGGCUCAAAACAAGUUGCGCUCUAUCAAACAGGGAUGACGGUGGCGAUUCGCGGGCUUGAUAUUCACGUCUUCGCUUCGUCAGACUCUGGUCGUGUUUUCUUUGGAGGUUCCUCUGACAACGACGUGUACGAACUCACCUAUCAGCAAGAAGAGCGAUGGUUCCAGGGUCGGUGCGGAAAAAUAAACCAUACGAGCUCACGUCUCUCCGUUUUUAGCCCAUCCCUCAGCUUGACUAAUCUGGCCGCAAGGGCUCUUACCGAGAAUGUGGAACAGAUGGUGGUUGAUGAUAGUCGAAAACUCCUCUAUACUCUUUCCUCUGCCUCGACCAUCCGGGUGUUCCACAUGAGGGCUGAUGGGUCGCUCAAUCUUGUCAUCACCAAGCUCGCCAGAGACAUCUACUCGAAUAUCGGACAUAUCAUUGGGUCUAACGAAACUCUUAACGAGAGGGUACAAAUUGUUGCUAUUAGCCCGGUUCCAGCAGCCGAAGCUUCGCGAUACCACUUGGUCGCGACUACUGCCACCGGAUAUCGUAUUUACCUCAGUGCUACGGGUUCCUACAGCUGGGCGCCUAGUUCAAACGGCACCAACCCGCCCACGAGCAUGCAAGCUCAGCACAUCAAGACACCUCCUAUCGACAACGCCGCAAACGCGAGCAUGACCGCGCAAAUCCCCAUGGCCGCCAUCAAGUAUCCGAUUCACUCUCUUGCACCAACACGAAUGGCUUCCCGUUUCCCUCCCGGCUAUUUCUUCUGCUUCACCUGCAAGGAUGCUACCCAAAAGGCUGACACAUUGUUUGUUUCGUCUCCGGACCCCGGUCUCCUCGCUCGCCCCGCCCGUGAACAAGGGGUCAUGAGCAAGUCCGAUGAAUCGGGCAUCUGGUUGAGUCUGGGCGGUCGUGCAGAGGACAUUGGACUGUGCUCGCCACCACCACCGACAACGUCUGCCGGCUUCGGAAAUGAGCUGGCGAUUCAAUUUGACCAUCCCGCCGCGGAAGUGGCGAUUCUCACAAACUCCGGAAUUCACAUCGUUCGUCGACGACGCCUAGUCGACAUGUUUGCCGCCCUGGUGCGCAGCGGUGGAAACAGCGAGGAAGGCUUAGAAGGUGAGGUAGUCAACCUUAUCAAGAAAUACGGUCGAAGUGAGGUCCUUGCCACUGCUCUUGCGGUGGCUUGUGGUCAAGGUGUUGAGAUCUCUUCGGAUCAGCGCCUGACACGGAUCAACGAUCCCGACGUGCUCGAAUUCGCCCGAAAGGUCUUCAUUGAGUACGGUGGUCGCCCAGUGUCCAACGAGAAUGCCGUGCCUGAUUCUACCUCGGCAAUCGAUGCCUGGAACCCUUCUCCUCGGCAUCACGGCAUUUCCCUAUACAUGUCGCGUCUGUUGCGGUCGAUCUGGCAGAAACAAAUUGCCAAGAUCGGCAGCGCCCCUAAUGGUGCGAUGACUGUGGCUGCCUCGGUGGCUGCUUCCAAGCUGCAGACCAUCCAGCAUGAUCUUGCAGCUCUGCAAGACUUCUUCAAGACAAACAAAAGUUUUAUCGAGGGGUUAAGUGGACCCGAGGCCCUGGCCCGAGUGACAAAUAAGCAGGAAGAAACCGCUCUGCAGGCUGAGCACCGUGCCUUGCACUCCCUCGUACAGCUCGUGUCACACACCAUUGAGGGUAUUUCAUUUGUGCUAGUCCUGUUCGACGAGCGCGUGGAUGAGAUUGUCGCGACACUACCCGCCGAGUCUAAGGAGCGAUUCCUCAAGCUAACCUUUGAAGAGCUGUUCAGCAGCAGCAAGGGCCAUGACAUCGCUAAGGAGUUAGUCAAGGGCAUUGUCAACCGCAACAUUGCCAAGGGUUCCAACGUUGAGACGGUAGCUGAUGCACUGCGCCGGCGAUGCGGCAGCUUCUGCAGCGCAGAGGAUGUCGUUAUCUUCAAGGCGCAAGAACUGCUCAAGCGUGCGACAGAGGCCGGUGCCAAUUCAGAACUGGGCCGCAACUUGUUGAAUGAGAGUUUACACCUAUUCCAGCAGGUGGCUGAUAGCCUCCCGAUGGAUUAUUUGGUUUCGGCUGUGGACAAUUAUAUUGCCAAUCAAUUCUUUGCCGGUGCUAUUCAAUUGGCCCUCAACGUGGCUGGCCGCUCUGACAAGGCAAAUAUUGCGCUCUCCUGGAUUAUGGAUGGGCGACCCGCAGAGGACUCUCGAAAGGACUACUUCUACUUCCGCAAGCAAUGUUACGACCUUAUUUUCAAGGUUGUGCUCGCUGUUGAUACCCUGGCUGCGUCCGACCCCGGCUUCAUUGACGGUCAAUUGACCGUGAUUGCUAAGCGACAGAACGAGGCCUAUGGUGUCAUCUCCGAUUCUACCGAUGAAGUGUUCUUGACCAGCUUGUACGACUGGUACCUGGAGCAGGGCUGGAACGACCGCCUCCUCCAAACACAGUCGGCGUUCGUGGUCACUUACCUCGAGCGCAAGUCUACCGACGACAUUGCCCACGCGGAUCUCCUCUGGCGAUAUUACGCUCAAUCCCAGCGGUUCUUCGAGGCUGCCAAGGUUCAGUUCCAGCUUGCUCAGAGUGCUUUUACCUUGCCUCUCAGCCGCCGCAUUGAGUAUCUGGGCCGUGCCCGUACCAAUGCUUCUACUUUCACACCUGAUGUGGGCCGUCAGUCGAGACAGCGACUGCUGCAGGAGAUCACCAACCUUAUUGAGGUGGCCAACAUUCAGGAUGACCUUUUACAGCGAUUGAAGGAUGAUACACGGAUUGCCGCUGACCGUAAAGCUGAAGUUCUGCGUGACGUGGACGGUCCUGUGAUGGACAUCAGCACACUCUUCAAUCAGUACGCAGACUCAGCCAGCUACUACGACAUCUGCCUCCAAAUCUUCUUCGCGGCCGACUAUCGCAAUGCAGCUGACAUCAAGGCCACCUGGGCCAACCUCAUCCACGAUGUCCACGAAGUCACUGAAACUCGUGGCUCGCCUCUUCCCCACGAAGCCGUGAUUGAAAAAGUACGCAGUCUCGGCAGCCGCCUUCGCAUGUCCGAGACGGUCUUCCCCAUCCGCGAACUGGUCCCUCUCUUGGAACGCUACUCCCUUGAACACCAGUACCACCGCCAAGCCAACCGAACGCACUGGGUCAUUGAUCUAUUCCUGGACUUGGGCGUCCCCCACGAAUCUCUAUACGGCGUCCUCGAAGCCAUGUUCUACACCGACGAAGCCCCCUUCCACGGCUCAAACCGCCGUAUCAUCGCUGCCGACUUACUAUACCUGCUUGACGCAUGGUUCAGCGAGAGCGCACGGCCCGGUGGCACUGUGUUCGGCUCUGACCUUAUGGCUGAGCGUGUCUCCGAGACCUUGAUGCUCCUGCAGCAGGGUGGAGGCACACAAGAAAUUGUGGAAGCGAGUCAGGGAUUGAGACAGCGUAUUGCGGAGCUGGUUGGGUGA